AUGGAGUUACCAACUGAGAUUGGCAACCUCUCCAACAUAGUAUCUUUGGUCUUAAGUAACAACUAUUUGUCCGGUGAGAUUCCAACAUGGCUGUUCGAUUUCAAUAACCUCACUGAAUUGUUUCUCGAGGGAAACAAAUUUGUUAUGAAAAAUGCUAGAAUAGCACCAAGGAGCAUGUUAAAUAUAUUAUCAUUGGGAUCUUGCAAUCUUUUAGGGCAAAUUCCCAUUUGGAUUUCCACCCAGACCCAGCUUAUGUUCUUGGACUUGAGUGAUAAUAACAUUGAAGGAACUCUCCCUCAGUGGUUAUUUCAAUCUCUAUCUUUAAUAUUUCUCUUACUUUCAAAUAAUAACUUAUCAGGAGUAUUGCCAGAUACAAUUGGUGAAGCCACUGAAAUGAAUGUGCUCAUGUUGUCAGGUAACCAUUUCUCCGAACCAAUUCCUAUAACCAUCUCAAAUAUGUUUCACCUUGUGUUGCUGGACUUGUCAAGCAACAUAUUUUCAGGCAAUGAGUUUCCAAUAUUUAAUCCAAAUCCAUCAUUGGUUUAUAUUGAUCUUUCCUCCAAUAUACUAUCUGGUCAGCCGGAAUCGCGUCGGAAAGUUGCUGCCCACUGUGCGCGCAUUGAGGAGGAAAACUCCUCCAUUUGCGCUAUUGCCGUUGCUCCCGCCAGUAGCUACUCAGGCGCCGCCAGGUGGGGACGCCUCACCGGCCGGCCAUGGUGGCUGGAGGCUUGCCGGCUGGAAGAAAAAGGGAGGGGGAGGGAGAGUGACGGGAGGGAGAAUGCUGCUAAAGGACUGGUUGGAGCUGUUUGCUGUCGAAGUGAUGGUUCUGGAGGAGGUGAUGGAGGUUCAGCAGAAUGCUGUUGGGCUGGUGGGACAGAUUGUCCCUCUGGUUGUGCAGUGGGUUCAGUUUCUGUUGCUGGUUGUGCAGUGUCAGAAGGUGGCAAGCUGAAUCCAGUUUUGGAUAGGUGUGUAGCAUCAAAAUAUAGGGUGUCUGAAAGUGCUGGAAGAGGCCAAGGUAGUUUUGAUACCUGUGAUGCUGCUGAUGUUUGCUUUUUUACUGGAAGAGGGGGAUUUGGCUUGUGUGGAGGCUGA